CAAAGUGCCCCCCACAAAAUGCAAAUUCAAAGAAACGAAAACGACAGCCACCAGUGAGAGCCAGGCAGUUGGAAACGAUUCAACGAAGACGAAGACGGUAACUGAUCACGAGUCAACCGACGGUUUCAGUAAUCCGGCCACGUACUCAGAUGAACCACUGUCGAUUCCGGUCACGUACUCCGACGAUCAAGCAGUCGGCUGAGCUCAGUUUCUCUCGUGCUGCCCACUUGGAAGCAGUUCCUUAGUGACAGGUUCAACAACCACCGGCUUGAAAUUGAAAUUGAAAUUGUGAAUUCCAGUUUUAGCUACUUGCAAACUGUGGCCUUGUUUAUUUUUCAUCAUAGUAUUCAUUUUGCUCACUGUAAUUGGGUCCUUAAUGCUUAGUUUAAUGUUAGCUGAAGAAGCAAACUAACCCAAAAAACUAGUUUCCACAAAGAAAGAAAUCCCUCAUGUUCUCUAAGGGCUGAGUGUUGGAAUCAAUGGUUAUAGAUUGACUAGUGCUGUUAGCAAAUAGCAAGGGUCAGUAUUUCGAGAUGGAGAGGAAUAGUAGAGGAUGAUCAUGGGCUCAAAGAUUGCCUUUUGCACAAGUCUCCAUCCUUUAUCUGGCAAGAAGAGUCAAAUCAAAAUCAGUGAGGGUGGUAUAAAUACUAAGUCUUUAUCAGAAAUUUGCAACUGCAUAAUGAGUUGCACAAAUCACUUUACAUGUCACAUUCACUAUUCAUUCGAAGAGUGAUGGCACCAUCUUUUCAAUUGUUAUGUGUUUAGGAGUGCGGAGAGAGAGAGAGCGGAGUGCAGAGGAGAAAUUUCCCCCGAACGCUCUCUCUGGAAGCUUCUUCUCCGAUCAAGUUUUCACAGGUUUGGGACUCUUCUCGCUGAUAGAGCUUUGUAGGAAGAAGAUAGAUAGACGGGGAGAGUCAGCCAUUGCUUCAGCAACGAUAGCACAAUGUAGAGUAGUGCUGAAGCUUUGCAAAAUGUUGACCCACCAUUCAUGAACUGAGUAAUAUUUCCAAUCAGUUGGCGACAUUGGUUUCUGACUUUCCAGCAAGGGAGGUUGCUCUCAGGUUUUUCUGUAAUUUCAAUUUAUUACAUUGUUGCAGAAGAUGGUGCUAGCUCUGAGCAUAGACAGUACUAAUAAAUAAUAAUGGACCUUUUUACUAUUCCAGUAUGUCACACAUGUAUGUUUUUAUUAUUACUGGUGAACCUAUUUAUUAUUGCUCAGUCUUUGAGUCUAGGAACAAGCAAAUUUAGUAGGUUUAAAUUAUCAGGAGUUUGUGAUUGUGUCAAUGAUGGAGAAUGUUGUUGUUUUGGGAUUCGGGGCUAGCAUGCCUGCCAUGAGAAACAAUGUAGCUCUGGCUGAGAAUGACUCAAAGUAGCUCUCAAUUAAUUUAUUAAUUUCUCAAUGCAGUACAAUUAACUUAUUGGUUACUCUUUGGUUAUUUGGUUGAUGACCUGUAUGUCAUCCUCAUGAAAUUUUGCAGGGAGUAGGUGGCGUAGAAAAUGUAGCGCCUGAGAUGCUAACAAGAUGUGGUGUUGGUCGCCCUCUAUUGUACGAUUAUCACAAAGUAGAGCUAGCUAACACGAAUAUGUUAUUCUUUCGUCCAGAACAGGUUCAACAUCUUAUGGAGAAAUGCUUACCCUUUCACAUUAGUCUUGACCAAUGCAUUAAGGCCUUAACAUAUCUGCACACAUUACACCACUCGUCACACUUACAGAUUGCUUAUUGCUCAAAGAUUGGGGAAGCUGCAGGAAAAAAGGGUGGAAACCUCGACGCACAAUUAUCUUAUCCAGUUGGCAUGUUGAAGAAUACAGCCUGAUAGGAUCAACUGAAUGGGUAGAAUACUUUGGUGAGAACUGAAGUAGAACUCAAUAUGCAGCAAGUUUCUAUUUGUGCACUGAUUCUGAUGUUGGUUUUUGGGAAAAGGAAGUUAAAAAAAAAAAAUUGAGAAUUUGAUUGAUGUCAUUGAAGGGCUUAGACAGAGGAAAUAUGAUUGCAAGCUCAAUGUGCUGCUCAAAUAUCUGAACUGGCUGCUCCCAAGAGAGAGGAAGUUAUCCUCGAAGAUUUAAACAUGAGAUUGAAAGAGCUCGAGUACGAUGUGCAAGUGCAAAUCAAACUGAAAGAUGCCUUGGAUGAAGAAACCACAAAGGAGCACGAGUUACUGAUGAAAGUUUUGAGUGGGACAGGGUUUGGACAGCUUGAGUGAAAUCGACAUCGUGAACCGCAGAAAGAUCUACAAUAUGCAGCAGGCUUAAUAAGUGGUGUUGUUUUCAGCAAAUAAUGAUCCAGCAAACAACUGUUAUAACUGAAUUAUAAUUGCUAUUUUAUUAGGCUCAGCCAUAUUAUUAAUAAAUUUCAGGCGGAUAACAAAUCCGCAGCAAUGCGCGGGCUUGCUAACUAGUUUCUAUGAGAUGGGACAAGUAGAUAGGUGAGGUAAUUGUCCUGACGAUUAGAGUGAUUAACUUCCAGACUAGCUGUACUUUGAAUUUCGUCAAAAGUAAUUUAUAAGAGGGCUGGAAUGUGGAUUCUUAAAGAGGGUAAAUGUGCUUCAACUCUUAAGUAAUCAUAAAGGGAUGGAAGAUGGAAGAUGGAUUUUGGCUAUUGCUAGAUGUUAAGGUUCCUAUAUUUCACCCUGCCGUUGCUAAUCUAUUUACUUUACCAAACAACGGUGUAGAUUAUAUAUCGUCCCGGUUGCUAAUCUAUUUACUUUACCAAACAUGAAACAGAUUCGAGCUGAUAUCCUGAAUUAACUUUUUCCUGCACUGCACCAGGAUCAAGGCAGUAAAAUUUUCAUUACUUGCAGACAAUCAUGGCCGCCUCCCACCUGGUUGCCACCUUGUUCUCUGCACCUUGUAUCUCCUCUAAAGCGAAUAGCCACCUGCUCAGGUUUAAAAAUGAGGUGUAUGUAUUUGAAAUACUAAUAGCAUGCAAAGAGAAGAAUGGCAUGAGAUUCCCUACACAUCAUUUGUACUUUUCUCCUCCUCUCUCCUAUAAAUACCAACGCCUUCUACUCGCCACUUCACCACAACCCAAAGCUAGCUAUCUACCACUGAUCAUACUAUGGCAAAGCAUUUAGCUCUCGCCUUUUCUCUUUGCUUGCUUGUUCUCUUCCACGGCUGUUUAGCCAGACGCCAACAAUCUCAGUCCAGCCAGCAAAAUGAGUGCCAGCUGAACCAGAUCCAAGCCCGCGAGCCUGACAACCGUAUUGAGACUGAAGCAGGUCGGAUUGAGUCAUGGGACUACAACCAGGAUGACUUGCAGUGCGCUGGUGUCGCUGUUCAAAGAAUCACCAUUGAGCGUAAUGGCCUUCACUUGCCUUCUUACACUAACACUCCAAGGCUUGCAUACGUUGUACAAGGUAGGGGUCAUCUAGGGAUGGUAUUCCCUGGCUGUCCUGAGACAUUUGAGGAGUCUGAGCAAUCUGAUGAAGAACAACAGGGUCAGCAACAACAAUGGCAAGGCCAACAACGGGGCCGCCAGCAACAGGGACGCCGACAAGGACAAUUCGGACAGCAAGGCCAACAAGGACAACAAGACUUUGAACAGCUAGACCGACACCAGAGGGUGCGACGUGUCAAAGAAGGUGAUGUUAUCGCAAUCCCCGCCGGAGUCGCAACCUGGUCUCACAACGACGGUGACAGAUCUCUUGUUUUUGUUACUCUUUUAGACAUCGGCAAUAACCACAACCAGCUUGACGAAAACCCAAGGCGAUUUUAUCUUGCUGGUAACCCACAAGAUGAGUUCAACCAACAAGGCCAAAGCCAAAGCCAAAGGAGACAACAAGGACAACAAGGACAACAAGGAAGGAGCAGGCAGCAACGGCAGGGAAACAACAACAACAACAUCUAUGCCGGCUUCGAGACACAGCUCCUCGCCGACGCUCUCAACAUCGACCAACAGACUGCCCAGCAGCUCCAGGGACAGAACGACAACAGGCCACAGAUUGUUAGGGUUCAGGGACGUCUCGACUUUGUCGAGCCACCACGGUCACAGAGGGAGGAAAGACAACUGCAAGGACAACAAGGACAACAGGGACAGAAUGGCCUUGAGGAGCUAUUCUGCCACAUGAAGAUCAAGCAGAACAUCGGCAAGCCUUCAUUGGCCGACGUCUUCAGCCCGCAAGCCGGUCGCAUCAGCACCCUCAACAGCUUUAGCCUGCCUAUUCUCAGGCACCUCCGCCUCAGUGCUGAGAGAGGCUUCUUGUACAACAAUGCUAUCCACAGCCCACACUGGAACUUGAAUGCCCAUGAGAUCGUCUAUGUCAUCAGAGGUAGCGCCAGGGUUCAGGUGGUGAACGACAACGGCGAGACCAUCUUGGACGACCAGGUCCGCCAGGGACAGCUCUUCGUCGUGCCACAGAACCACGCCGUGUUGCAGAAGGCCAUGAGCAACGGAUACGAGUACAUUGCCUUCAAGACCGAUGACAAUGCCAUGAUCAACACUCUGGCUGGCAGGACCUCCGUCCUGCGGGCACUCCCCGACGUGGUCCUCGCCAACGCCUACCAGAUGGACCGGGAGCAGGCAAGGAACCUCAAAUACAACAGGCAGGAGACCCUUGCCUUGAGCUCCUCAAGGUCUUCCCAGUCACAGAGGUACUGGUGGGAGUAAAUGAGAUGUAAAAAAGAUGUGUUGCGGCAUGUAGUGUUAAAGUGGUACUUGCUAGCUAAGCGGUAGAGAAUGAAUAAAAGUAAGCCUUUAAUGUAUGGCUCUCGUGUACUACCAGAGAUCUAAUGCACUCGGUUAAUAA